AUGACAGGCACUGUAAAGCCGGAAUUCACUCUUCGUGCGGGUGUCUACCCGGCGAUCAACCCAGACCUUUUUGCUGGCUCGUUGGAGGGCAAAGUCGCGCUAGUAACUGGCUCAGGGCGGGGAAUUGGACGUGAAAUCGCAUUGGCUCUGGCAAGCUCUGGUGCGGCUGUCGCUAUCUCCGGCAGAACACAGAAGGAAGUUGAAGAUACUACGCGCGAUGUAGCGAAACUGGGACGCAAUUGCAUUGGUGUAGUGGCCGACGUCUGUGUUCGAGAUGAUCUAGAGCAUCUUGUUAAAGAGGUAGUUGAGAAACUCGGAUUGAUUGAUAUCCUUAUUUGCAACGCCGGCACAAACACCUUCAUGCCAUUUCACAUGACAGACCCAGACCAAUGGUGGCGUCAGAUGGAAGUUAUGGUGAAAUCGCCUACGGAGUUGACACGAAUGGUUCUCCCUUCAAUGCAAAAGCGCAAUUCCGGUACUAUUAUCUUCACAUCAUCUCGCGCCGCCGCAGCAGAUCUACCAUGGGCAGCCGCAUACAGUUGCGCAAAAACUGCGAUUACACGCUUCGCUGGAGUUCUGCAGGCGGAACUCAAUACUUUGCAAAAAGACAAUUUUGGGUUCGCAUCCAACGGUAUCUCGGUAUUCUCUAUCCAUCCCGGGGAAGUCAAGACUUCUCUCCAUGAUACGGCCUUUCCAGAGAAGACUAAACAAGAAGCGCCGUAUGUGAUCGAGAUGAUGGCAAAAAUGGCCAAGUUGCAUCCAGAUUUUAAGGCAGAGCUAGCUGCGUGGACUUGUGUACACCUUUGCUCUGGGAAGGGCAAGAUAUUGGAAGGGCGUCUUGUUGAUUGUACGAGGGAUAUUGACGAGGUCAAAGCAUAUGUAUCUAGUUUACCUCAGCAGAAGUUUGGCAAUGCUUGUGGCUAA